CUCAGCCAGGUUGACAGCAGCACUUGUACACAGCCUUCACAUACCAGGUUUGUGAGAGUAUAAACUCUUGGAUUAUUACAAGGAUCCCAUUGUUCUACUGAGAAACUUUAAAGCUUUUCAAAAUGAAGGAUCGACUAGCACAACUUAAAGAGAAGAGUGAUGCAGGUGGAGAGGACGUCGAGGUUUCGGUGGAGAACGAGGCCUUCAUGAAUGACUUCUUUGCUCAGGCUGAAGAUAUUCGCACCAGUAUUGACAAGAUUGAUGAGAGCGUGACAGAAAUAAAAAAGCUUUACUCGAGCAUCCUAUCAGCCCCAACACCCGACCAAAAAACACAGGAUGAUGUUGAAGCUCUUACGAAUGAGAUCAAAAAGUCGGCCAACAAUGCAAGAAACAAACUGAAGACUAUUGAGCGUCAACUUGAGUCAAACACAGAUGAGCGCGCCUCGGCUGACCUCAGAAUACGCAAGUCACAGCAUGCAAUUCUGGCUAAGAAGUUUGUGGAGGUCAUGACAAAGUACAACGAGGCUCAAGUGGACUUCAGGGACAAAAGCAAAGGACGGAUCGCCCGCCAGCUAGAGAUCACGGGAAAAGCCACAACCGACGAGGAGCUGGAAGAGAUGUUGGAAGGAGGCAAUUCUGCCGUCUUUACUGCUGGGAUAGUGGAAUCUAAGAUCAGUCAGCAGGCCCUGAAUGAGAUAGAAGCUCGGCACAAGGACAUCAUGAGGCUUGAAAGCAGCAUUAAAGAGCUCCACGACAUGUUUGUGGAUAUCGCCAUGCUGGUCGAGAAUCAGGGUGGCAUGAUUGACAGAAUUGAAAGCAACAUGGACCAAUCGGUGGGUUUUGUUGAGAGAGCUGUGGCUGACACCAAGAAGGCGGCUAAGUUCCAGCAGGAGGCACGCAGGAAACAAAUGAUGAUCUUCUGCUGCUGUGUGAUUCUCGCUCUUGUCCUUGGCUCAUUUGUCUACAGCUUCAUUAAAUAAAGAAAGAAGCUACCAGUGAUGAGAUGUAACAAGACUAUCUCAUGUUGUGUUGACCUUUUUUUGAUAGAAUUUCACCACAUAGAAAUGUAAAAAACUGCAUGUAUUUAUCUGCUUUUCAGUGAACUUACCAUGUUGACACUAUAGAGGGCGUCACUGAAGAUCUCUGUUUAAAAACUAUGACAUGCCAACCGUGACAAACAAUUGACCUUGUUUUGCUGAAGUAGCUUAAAGAACAUACAGUUUGACCAGUUAGACUACAUCUAGGUAUUUCAAUGUGCUUUUGUGGGCCUUCACAUUGGUAAUAUGAUGUGAAGAGAAUAUGACUAUUGUUUUAUCCUUAAAUGAAGUUUGUAUCAUAAGUAUUGGGACAGCUGUUGUUAUUCUAUAUCUAAACUAUGUACUACCAUAUAAAAAACAAAUUGUGCCAAUACUUAUGCUAUUGACUGCAUCCAUUGAGAUAGCUCAUGGACAUUCAGUUUGAGUCCAGCUGACUUUUUCUCCAACACAUUUUCCAUGAUUUCAAAGUCAGUCAACUGAGACUUGAUUUUGUUGCUUUUCAAUGUGUCUGUAGAAAACAGUGUUUACUCUUAGGUAAAAGAAGUUUGUAUUAAAUUCUGUCCUGAAUAAACCCAGACCGGCUUCAUUUGAUUACAGUAUAACUGCCUUCAUGCCCUUUAAUUUAAAUCAUUUACGUUUUUAUUAUAUAGACUGACUCUGUGCGUGAGUCCAUGUUUGUGCUUCCCAGUUCCGUUUCUGUGUGUAAGUCUCACUUCAUGCCAUGGUGCCAUUCACAUUUCCCUUUUUGUUUCUUUGUCCAUGUUCUGAAAAAUGUUGCAGAAGGAAUUUUUCAACAAGUAAAGAAGUUCUAUUCAAGUGAAUUGGUUGGGUUUAAAUUAGUCCUUUUGAGUCUGUUGAUGGAAAUUAACUGAAAUAUUUGACAAUGAAGGCAUGUGAUUCACACCUUGAACAUAUGACAAAACUCAGCAAUAGCUUUACAGCCCUUUACAUCUUUAAUAGAUGUUCACAUUCAUCUGUUCUAGCUUAAUUGUGAUGUGUACAUUUGAUCCUGUCUUGCAAUAUUCCUUUUCUUAGACUAUCAUUAAAAUUUCUUUAUAGAAUGUGAACCUCUUUAUGUGAGUCACUGACUGUAUAUGAGAACUGGACUGAGUGACUCCUCCCCCCGGUGUCCCGAAUAGGAAGUACCCGCUGGCUCUAAAAAAACAAAAUCACAUUGAUUUCUAUUGAAAAAUAAACAGCUAUUAUACGGUUAAUUAUAUAUUUUUAGAAUAACUAUAACAUGUUUAACUAAUCCUAAUUUUAUCAAUAGUGGAAAAUAUUCAAGCUAUAAACAAUGAAAAUAUGUGGUCACGUCUCACAUUCGAAACCUUUGAUUGAUAGAUUGUAUGGAGCCCACGUUUAAGAGGGCUUCCAACAAACUUACUUCUGAUUGGCCAGAGUGGAUUUUCUAAGGAUGACAUCACACUCACUCGGUCCAGUUCUCUUAUAAAGUCAAUGAUGGGAGUUAAGGGGGAAAAUAUUCGUUGAUAAGUUUGUAGUCGUCAAAAAAGGGAAAUAAGACAGAGCAACUAGAGCUAAAAAUAAAUUUUUUUAGUUAAAUGAAGCUGAGAAUAGGGACAAGAAAAUAAUCUCUCCUUUAGGGGAGUGAGUGACAGGCUGUUUUUUUUUCUUUAUGCCUGUGUUUCUCCUUUUCCAUUUGAUGACAAUAAAACCAAUGUUCUUGUUUUGCUUUUUGUGAAGCUUUCCUUUCUUUGUCUUGUUUUUUAUUUCAAAGAUUAAACAUGUUUAAGUGUUGAAAAUUUCCCACUCGAUUUAAAAACAUAAUAUAAGCAACUAGUCAUCAUUAUUUACAGAUUAACUGGAUUUUUCCCAUUAAAAAUAUAUAUAUUUAUGGUUUAAAAACCACAAUAUAAUAUUAUUAGAUAAUAAGGUAAGUCACAUGAAGUGCAUAAUUUAAAACUCUUUUGAUGGUUAAAUUUGACUCCUACAUAGGAAAUGGUCAACAUUAUGGUUUAAGUAUAUAUUUUUUAUUAUUAUUGAAAGCACAUAUUUGAUCAGGAUACAAGGUGAAGGUCGCCUAACGGGUUUUACAGUUUUAUUUCUGAUUUUUUAUUCAACUUUAAUCCUUGCGAUAUCAUUUUAGACAGUUCUGGUUGGCCAACGAUUAACAAAAUGAUCCU